AUGAGGAAUGUUGCUGAAAUUAUAAGGCAAUCAAGUGUUCGAGAUAAUGUUGAUCGAAUAAAGCCAUUCGUAAAGGUACAAGAAGAUCGACGAAUUUCUUCUGAAUGGUUUCGAAAUAAAAGUUUUCCCGUUUUUGAUUUUAAUGUUCGAAAUAUUGAAGAGAAUCUCCGACGAAAAGAACAACUUGUCAAUAAUCUCAAAAAGGAGGUUAAAUUAUUAAUGGAAGAAGCAGUAACUCGCCGACACAUGAAUAUAAAAAGUAACUAUGUCGCUGCACUGUGUGCUGCGAUAGAAGAAUGUAUUUUGGAUGGCCUCAAACGACGUUUAUUAGGUUUAUUCGGUAUUCAGUCGACUUAUGCACUUAUUUAUAAUAUAUCUAAAUUUUGCCCCGAAGCUGCAGUUGUGCUUUCGAAAAUGACACAAAGUGAUGAACAAUAUGGGAGUUUAUUAUCGUCAAAAUUCGCUUGGAUUCAAAUCGGUCUAAUGGAGAAGAAAUUAUCUACAAUCUUAGAAUUCAUCCAUAGUUCUGUCUUAAUAUUUAUGGAUUUGUCCAGUAAUAUUUUAGACGAAAACGAUUUAAGAAGAGAAAUAUUGUGUUUCAGAUGCCGCAAAUAUUAUGAAAAGAGUGCAUUAAUGUUGGAUGCAGUCAAAGGUGGCGUCGUUGCUGCUCUUCUUGGUUAG